GUCAUUUUAAUCAACAACCAAAUCAAGAACGUAAAAAAUACAGAUCCCUGUAAUAUUUUGACAUGUCAACAAAAUUUUAACCUACAAUUUAUUUUUUAUUUUUGUUUUAAAUUAUUUUAACUACUUUAAUGUUUUAGCAUAUAUUUAAGUUAAUUUAGUUGUUAAGUUUUAAAACCAUGAAUAAACUAAUGGGAAAUGGAGGAAAUAACAAGUUUUACAAAUUUCUACGAAAAAAUGCUAUUGUUGUCGAUAAACAUUAUUCCAUGAGUUUUGACAGUAUACCAGGCCCAUAUGCGUUACCGGGAAUAGGAACUAUAUACCAAUAUUUACCAGGAAUUGGUAAUUAUAAGUUCAGCGAGCUUCACCACAACGGUUUUAAGAAAUUGAAGGCGUUCGGGAGCGUAAUAAAAGAAGAAAUCGUUCCAGGGGUUAAUAUAGUAUGGUUAUUUAACCCCAGGGAUAUUGAAGCGAUGUUUCGUUAUGAAGGCAAAUAUCCUCAACGUAGAAGCCAUUUGGCGCUUGAAAAGUACAGAUUGGACAGACCUAAUGUUUAUAAUUCCGGAGGAUUGUUGCCAACAAAUGGGGCGGAAUGGAUGAGAAUUAGGAGUGUGUUUCAGAAGGGGUUGAGUAGUCCACAAUCGGUGGAAAAUUUUCUGAAUUCUACGGACGAUAUUGUUCAGGAAUGGUUGUCGAACAUCAUGAACGUAGUGAAUGAAAAUGAGGAUUUUUUACCGGAAUUAUCGAGGUUAUUUUUAGAAUUAAUUGUAAUGACGGUUUUGGACUUGAGGUUAAACAGUUUUUCGAGGCAGGAGAGGAAGUAUUAUUCAAGAUCCAGCAGGCUUAUGAGGGCGGCCUUGACAACAAACAGUUGCAUACUGAAAACUGACAAUGGGCCUCAGUUGUGGAAAAAAAUCGAUACUCCUCUGUAUAGGAAGUUAAAAAAAUCUCAAGAAUACAUGGAAGAUGUUGCUAUAGACUUACUAUCCCUCCAAAUGUCCUUAUUUCAUGAUAGGGAUAGAAACAAACCUCUAACCCUACUAGAAAGCUAUCUAGCUUCACCGGAGCUAGAUUUUAAGGAUAUUAUAGGAAUGGCUUGCGAUUUUAUAUUGGCCGGAAUAGACACGACUAGCUAUACCUCCAGCUUCAUGCUGUACCACCUUGCUAAAUCUCAGUGCGUACAAUCGACGUUGUACCAGGAAAGCAGAAAAUUGCUGCCAAAUACGUACAGCAAAGUUACAAAGGAAGUUUUACAGGAAGCUUUUUAUGCCAAAGCAGUAUUAAAGGAAACUUUGAGGUUAAGGCCUAUUUCCGUCGGAGUAGGCAGGGUUUUGCACAGUGAUGCCGAGUUUAGCGGGUAUCAUGUACCCAAAGGGACUGUUGUGGUGAGUCAAAACCAAGUUAUUUCCCGAUUGGGUGAACACUUUAACGACCCAUACGAAUUUAAACCUGAAAGGUGGUUGAAAGACCACCCUUUGUACAAAAAACACGACCCUUUUUUGGUGCUACCUUUCGGGCAUGGGCCUAGGAGUUGUAUUGCUAGAAGGCUAGCAGAGCAAAAUAUGUUGGUUAUUGUUUUAAAGUUGAUUAGAAACUACCAUAUACAAUGGAACAGCUCAGCUUUAGACUCAAAAUCUUUGCUUAUUAACAAACCAGACGGCCCCAUUUUACUUACUUUCACAAAAAGAACAAACUAAGAGAUAAGGUGUAAAUAUUUAUGUUUUUAUUUUUGUACAAUGCGGGAAAUAUAUAAAAAAAUAAAAUUAUACUUAUUGUUUCUUUUUCAACGUCAAAUUAUCAUCGAUAAUCAUCAACAAAUUGUCAGCUUCUACACAUAAAAGUUCAUCAUUGAAUAACUUGCCCAGUCUUAGGGCUUCUUUAGCGGAAAUUUUCGCUGUGUCCCAUGCGUCCAUUUUUGUGUAUAUUUUUGCUACUUUUAGGUAACAUCUUGAACAA